AAUAUAUUUAAAGCAUAAAGUACAUCUCAAUGUAGCUCCUAUAUAAAGAUCGGUCCUAAAAUGAAAACGAUUUUUUGAAAGUAUGUGGAUAAAAGAUAUAAAGAACUGAAAGAACAAGCCAUCAAAGAAAAAAUUAACUCAUUUGCUCAAACGGUUUUUGAGUUGUAGAUGUAAUUUGACAAAUAUUUUGGCAAAACCACGCCUCCCGCUGACCACGCCCUCGGCGGAAGAUUAUUGGCCCUAUUUAAGACAGGUGCGUCGUUCGCCAUGCUGACUAGUUACUGUG